AAAAAGCCGCGGCGGGCGCGGGCGUGCGCAGCUACGCGGCGUGGGUGCGGGGGUUAAACAAGGGAAGGGGUUUUUGGCGUCACUCGCUUCUCUCUCUCCCCUACGCGCCGCCGGCGAGAUGCGGAGCCUCGCCGUCGCGAGCCCCCUCCCGCCCGCCGCCGCGGUUCGCCGCCGGCCACGCGCAUCCGCCUCCGGAAGGGAAGUGAUUUCACAAUGUUGGAAGUGUGAGAUAAAUCAGGACCAACCUUUGGGGAACUCCCUAAGGAUAGGUCACUCACAAGGUAGUUUGCAAAGACAUGGUUCCAGGAAUUUGCUCGCAGCUGCUGCGGCUAUUUCAAUUGAACAAGCUGAAGUCAGUACUUAUCUUCCAAAAGGUGACAUGUGGUCUGUGCACAAGUUUGGUGGCACCUGUAUGGGAACACCCCAGAGAAUUCAGAAUGUUGCUGAUAUUGUUCUUGGUGACUCUUCUGAGAGGAAGCUGAUCAUUGUUUCUGCAAUGUCCAAAGUCACUGACAUGAUGUUCAACCUUGUGCAUAAAGCUCAGUCAAGGGAUAAUUCUUAUGUGACUGCACUGGAUGAAGUUUUUAAUAAGCAUAUGGCUGCAGCAAAGGAACUUCUUGAUGGAGAAGACCUAGCAAGAUUCUUGGCUCAGUUGCAUUCUGACAUCAGUAACCUGAGAGCGAUGCUUCGUGCUAUUUUUAUAGCUGGACAUGCAACAGAAUCGUUCUCUGAUUUCGUUGUUGGGCAUGGAGAGUUGUGGUCAGCUCAAAUGUUGUCGUAUGCUAUAAAAAAGUCUGGGGUGCCUUGCAGUUGGAUGGAUACAAGAGAAGUUCUAGUAGUGAAACCUAGUGGUUCUAAUCAGGUCGAUCCUGACUAUUUGGAAUCUGAGAAGCGACUCCAGAAAUGGUUUUCACGACAACCAGCAGAGAUAAUAAUCGCUACUGGGUUUAUUGCCAGUACAGCCGAAAACAUUCCUACUACGCUUAAAAGGGAUGGAAGCGACUUCUCAGCAUCAAUAAUUGGAUCCCUUGUUAGGGCAUGUCAGGUCACUAUCUGGACUGAUGUUGAUGGGGUAUUUAGUGCAGAUCCUAGAAAAGUUAGUGAGGCUGUGAUCUUAAGCACAUUAUCUUAUCAGGAGGCCUGGGAAAUGUCAUAUUUUGGUGCAAAUGUUUUGCAUCCCCGCACCAUUAUACCUGUGAUGAAAGACAAUAUUCCUAUUGUCAUUAGGAAUAUGUUCAAUCUAUCUGCCCCUGGAACAACAAUUUGCAAGCAGCCUGCUAAUGAAAAUGCUGAUUUAGAUGCUUGUGUCAAAUCAUUUGCUACUAUAGACAAAUUGGCCCUUGUUAAUGUGGAAGGAACUGGAAUGGCUGGUGUUCCAGGUACAGCAAGUGCCAUAUUUAGUGCUGCCAAGGAUGUUGGAGCUAAUGUUAUCAUGAUAUCUCAGGCUAGCAGCGAACACUCGGUAUGCUUUGCUGUUCCAGAAAAGGAAGUUGCAGCAGUCUCGACAGCCUUGCAUGUUAGGUUUCGUGAGGCAUUAGCAGCUGGAAGGCUAUCUAAGGUCGAAGUCAUUCGUGGGUGCAGCAUUCUUGCUGCUGUUGGCUUGAGGAUGGCCAGUACUCCUGGAGUCAGUGCAAUCCUUUUUGAUGCAUUAGCAAAGGCAAAUAUUAAUGUACGAGCAAUAGCCCAAGGUUGCAGUGAAUACAAUAUUACUGUUGUGUUGAAGCAAGAAGAUUGUGUGAGGGCUUUGAGAGCUGUUCAUUCAAGGUUCUUCCUCUCCAAAACCACUCUUGCCGUUGGGAUCAUUGGACCAGGUUUAAUUGGUGGAACACUUCUUGACCAGCUGAAAGAUCAGGCUGCUGUUCUCAAGGAAAAUAUGAAUAUUGAUCUACGUGUUAUUGGAAUAUCUGGCUCAAGAACGAUGCAUUUGAGUGACAUAGGGGUAGACUUAAACCAGUGGAAAGAGCUUCUACGAAAAGAAGCAGAACCAGCAGAUCUUGAUAGUUUUGUUCGCCAUUUGUCUGAAAAUCAUGUAUUUCCAAACAAAGUUUUGGUGGACUGCACAGCAGAUACAUACGUAGCAUGCCACUAUUAUGAUUGGUUGAAGAAGGGUAUCCAUGUCAUCACGCCAAAUAAGAAAGCAAAUUCUGGUCCGCUUGAUCGGUAUCUGAAAUUAAGGACUCUGCAGCGUGCAUCGUAUACUCAUUACUUUUAUGAAGCAACUGUUGGUGCUGGCCUUCCAAUCAUUAGCACCCUACGAGGUCUUCUAGAGACAGGUGACAAGAUAUUGCGUAUUGAGGGCAUUUUCAGUGGGACUUUGAGUUAUAUUUUCAACAAUUUUGAAGGUACACGAACUUUUAGUAAUGUUGUUGCUGAAGCAAAAGAAGCUGGAUAUACAGAGCCAGAUCCAAGAGAUGAUCUAUCAGGAACUGAUGUUGCCAGAAAGGUUAUUAUCCUUGCAAGGGAGUCUGGUCUGAGGCUCGAGCUUUCCGAUAUUCCCGUAAAGAGCCUUGUGCCAGAGGCACUGAGGUCAUGUUCGUCAGCAGAUGAAUUCAUGCAGAAGCUACCGUCCUUUGAUCAGGACUGGGACAGGCAACGCGAUGAAGCUGAAGCUGCAGGAGAAGUGCUGCGGUAUGUGGGCGUGGUGGACGUGGCGAACAGGAAGGGCCGGGUAGAGCUGCAGAGGUACAAGAGAGACCACCCCUUCGCGCAGCUGUCCGGCUCCGACAACAUCAUCGCCUUCACCACGUCGAGGUACAAGGAGCAGCCGCUGAUCGUGCGAGGCCCCGGCGCCGGCGCGGAGGUCACCGCCGGUGGCGUCUUCUGCGACAUCCUGCGGCUGGCGUCCUACCUGGGAGCACCCUCCUAGGCUUUAACCUUGAGCGUCCUGCCUUCCUCGACAAAAAUUGUCUGGAGGAAGAUGAGGCGUAUUGAUUGUGCCCGACUGGUUAUUACAUCAUAUAUGGGACUGGUAGUAUGCAGUAUGUAUGUUGUUUCUGAAUAAGUGCGAGGAAAUAAGGUCUUAGAGGUGCUAGAUGGUCCUUGGAUCAGGUGUUGUUUUUGCCACACAAUCCAGAGCCGCUUGCUAUCGAACUGCCACAUUGUAUUGGUGAUUUGGAGUGAUCUAAUAAUAAUGGCUUAAAUUUCUUUUUGCUGAGA